AUCCGGGCACUCCUGAGAAGGACGAGAAGGUCGCCAAUAUGAUGCGACUACGAUAUAUCAGGGCAGGAGCCAAUGCAACAAAGGUUCUUCUGGCAAAUAACCCAAGAUGCGUUGUGGAACAGAAAGCUACUGGCAGUGGUAAAGUUGAUCCUGGUAGAGUGGCUCAUCGCACAGUUAACCACUUGCGACCACCUAUACCAACUCUUGAAGAAAGGGUAGCUACUUGGAAGGAAGUCAGUGAUAUAUUCUAUGGUCCCGAAAGAGACCUGAAAAAUUUUCCUCCAGUCAAACAGAUUGUGGAUCCACCCAAAACUCGUUAUGUGGUUGUCCCCGAAGCAUUCUUCGAGGCUCUUUACAAUAAAACAGGAAUCUUGGGUCCAUAUCUCCUGUUACUUGGAACUCCAGCAUACAUGUUCUCCCAUCAAAUUAUCAAGCAUGACUAUGAAUUUGGAGUAGCUUUAUUCGUUUUUCCUGCUUUAUGGUACCUGAAUAAAAAGGUUCACUUGGUAGAUGCAAUGACAAAUUUCAUUACGGCCAAGCGAGAGGUUAUCGAUUCUCAUUGGUACAAGCCAAUUAUGGACUUCGUGGAGGACAUAGAUAACAACAUUGAGGAAAAGAAAACACUAAUAUACCAACAGGAAGCUCUAGAAUAUAUCUAUGAGGCUAAAAAGGAAAAUGUAGGUCUACAACUGGAAAUUGAAUACAGACAGAGAUUGAAGUCAUUGUAUGAGGAUGCCAUGCGUAAACUAGAUUACCAGGUGUCCAUUGCCAGUUCAAAGAAGAGCUUUGAGCAGGGACACAUGGCCAAGUGGAUCACCCAAUCUGUUUACAGUAGCAUUACUCCACAACUGGAGAAACAAGUGAUGAACAACUGUUUGACCAAUCUCCGUCAACUAGCAAAAAGCAACACAGCUACGUAAAUGGUGUAAAAAGACCUGUUGUGUGUAGAAGAUGAUCUAGUUCAUCUCCGUGAUAUGAAACUGUUUCAAAAUUCUGCUACUCUUUUUCCUGGUCAGGAGAAAAGUUGAAUCUGACGUGUAAAUACUUGUCAUGAUUGACAAAGAAUCAGUGCUGUGGUGUUAUCCAUAUUUAGAAGAUGAAUUUUGAAAAUAAACUUAUUGUAUAAAAAAAAAAAUCUUUU